AUCUAAUCGGAGUGAAGCCACUUCCGGCCUUCUCUGGAGCCUUCCGCAGUUCUCUUCCGGGUGAUGGCGCCCGGCGCCCCGGAUGUAGCCCUGGUGAAAGUCUCUCUUUUUCUUCCCCCACGGCCUCCCGUGGAUCCUGAGCCCAGGGAAGGCUCCUCAGUCCAGUCAUGCCAAAGAGGAAAGUGACCUUCCAAGGUGUGGGAGAGGAGGAUGAUGAGGAUGAAAUCAGUGUUCCCAAGAAGAAGCCAGUGGAUCCUGUGGCUGGGGCAGGGGGUCCUGGGAGCCGCUUCAAAGGCAAACACUCUUUAGACAGUGAUGAGGAGGAUGAUGAUGAAGAGGAGGGGUCCAGCAAAUAUGAUAUCUUGGCUUCGGAGGAUGUGGAAGGUCAGGAAGCAGCCACGCUCCCCAGUGAGGGAGGUGUGCGGAUCACACCCUUCAACCUGCAGGAGGAGAUGGAGGAAGGCCACUUUGAUGCUGAUGGCAACUACUUCCUGAACCGGGAUGCUCAGAUCCGAGACAGCUGGCUAGACAACAUUGACUGGGUGAAAAUCAGGGAGCGGCCACCUGAUCAGCGCCCACCGUCCGACUCAGAGGAAGAGGACAGCCUGGGCCAGACACCAAUGAGUGCCCAAGCCCUUCUGGAGGGCCUUCUGGAGCUGCUGUUGCCAAGAGAGACCGUAGCUGGCGCACUGAGGCGUCUGGGGGCCAGAGGAGGAGGCAAAGGGGGCAGCAAAGGGGGUGGGCGGCCCAGUUCCCCCCAGCGCUUGGAUCGGCUCUCUGGGUUGGCCGACCAGAUGGUGGCCCGGGGCAACCUUGGCGUGUAUCAGGAGACAAGGGAACGAUUAGCCAUGCGGCUGAAGGGGUUGGGGUCCCGGACCCAGGGACCCCCUGAGACCACACCCCCUCCCUCUCUGGACAUGUUUGCUGAAGAAGUGGCAGAGGGGGAGCUGGAGACCCCAACUCCUACGCAGAAGGGAGAAGCAGAGUUGCCAGGAGAUGGUCUGGUGGACGUGAUGUGGGAAUAUAAGUGGGAGAACACAGGGGAUGCUGAGCUGUAUGGGCCCUUCACCAGCACCCAGAUGCAGCUCUUGCUCUCUUUUCCUGCAGACCUGGGUGAACGAAGGCUACUUCGCAGAUGGUGUUUAUUGCCGGAAGCUGGACCCUCCUGGUGGACAGUUCUACAACUCCAAACGCAUUGACUUUGACCUCUAUACCUGAGCCUGCUGAGGGCCCGGUUUGGUGGCCCCUUCUUUCCUGAACUCUCUGGAGGAGGCCCCAGCUGCCUCAGGCAGUGAGGACUUGAGGGGCCACUUUUCAGUCAAUUUCCCUUUCCCAAUAAAAGCCUUUGGUUACAUAUUAGGGCCUUGGCUGUGCUGAUGGCCAGAAGCCAAGGACCCCUUUGGACUCGC